ACUUGUUACGCUCACAACACUCGUAAAAAAGAAGCAACACAAAGGCAGUUUUAAUCAUUUUCUAUUACAUUGUAAAGAAAAAAAUGAUUAUUUCUCAGAUGUGGAUUAUUGUACUUAUAUCUGAAUUAAAAAUUUAGACUGAUUUAGAUAAUUUGCACGGUUUGCUCGUGUAUUGACAUAAGCCUUGGAUUGCAUUUAUUUCCGAAUCUUACAGAAUGAACUAAAAUUUUGCUCUAACAUUUUGUAUUUGCCAGAUCGCUUGCGAUACUGAUGGUUCAACGCUGAAAUAAAACAAAAAUUCUCUUGUGAUACUUACCAACGAAAGAAGUUUAAAUGGACGAAUCAUCUGUUGAGACAUUAUUCGUGGUACUAACUGAUGAAUGACGUUUUGAAGUGUGUAUCAUCAGGUGUUAUAUAUAAGUUCAAAUCGUGUCAUUGCGAAAUAAGGUCUGAUCUGAUGAACAGUAAGCUGUUGAGAUCAAGUUCCUGUUCCUAUCGCGAUAUCAUCCGACAUGUAAAAGAUUUGAAGGAUAUAUCACAUGCAAUGUAGUAAUUCAUUUUUAUUUUGACAUUUAUCGUAAAAGAUGAAGCAUCUGCUGAAAUUAUACGGAAUCUUUCUUAUUGUGAUACGUUCGGGACUUGUUCAGACCUCAGAUAAAUGUCAAACUGUUAAACUACAAAAUGAAACACUGUUAGAAUGUGGAGAAGGCGGAUAUGCUAUGAGAUGUGGUAAUAAGAAUUUGGAUGAAGUACCGACAUCAUACCCAGAACCUGCGACGAAUGAAUCCCGUCUGUGUUUACUCGAUCUAAGCCGGAACAACUUUAGCCAACUAGAAGAUAGAAUAUUUGUUAAUGCUACGAACUUAAACCCAACUUCCGUCUUGUGGCUGUAUUUACAGCACUCUUACAUUGGUUACAUAUCUUCAAAUACAUUCCAGAACUUAUCAGCCCUAGUCUACCUUAAUCUAUCCGGGAACUUUUUAACCUGGCCAGACAGUUUUGGUAAAGGGGUAUUCGAACCUUUGGUGAGUUUAAAAGAUUUAAACGUUAAAGAAAAUAAGAUAGUUUCUUUUCAAGGAAUGGGUAGUGAACUGCAGUAUAUGACACAGCUGGAAGGGAUAUAUGCUGAACUUUGUUCAAAUUGUUCUUUCGACAAAACAUUUACUCACCUUCGGCAUCUACAGAAAUUAAGCUUAUCUGGUCGGUCAGAAAAUAGCUGCAAUUCCGCUGUGGUUCACAACUAUACAUUCGAAGGAGUGCCAUAUUUAAAACAUCUAUGGCUAGCAGGUUGUAACAUUGAACAAAUAGAGGCCAAUGCAUUUAGUCCUUUUAGAAAUAGCCUUACCUUACUAGAUAUUUCAAACAAUGAAAACCUCCACUUUAAAGGAAUGAACACAGCAUUAUAUGGCCUUAGAUUCUCUCCAACUUUGAAAGAGUUAGAUGUGAAUAGGAUACAUACUCUGUAUGAUUAUGGAAUACGAAUAGGAGAAUCGGAUAUUGAAAACCUAAAGACACUGCAAGUUCUUGAAACAUUACAUGCAGAUCUGAACAAGAUUGAAGUAUUUGAUAAAAGGAUCUUCUAUCCAACUUUUCAAUUACCUGCAACACUGAGGAACAUAACGCUGUCGGGAAAUAGACUAACUUUUGGAAAAUAUGCAAAUUUUGUACACAACGCCAGAAACAUCACUUUUCUAGAUAUUUCUAGGCAACACUUGAAUUGUGAUCCUUUCUUGGAAAGUCACGAUGAACCUGAGCUCACUUUAGAUCAUACGAGCGGAAGAAUAAAGCGGUUUUCAGAACAUGAUUGUCCUUGCGAAAAAAGACACGUGGUCUGCUUGCCUCCUCAUUUGCGCAAGGUGAAGUGGAGACAAAGCUUCCUGUACGUACAAUUUGAGGACAAUGUUACGGUAUGCGGGGCACGGGCUCUGAGACAUUUAGAUAUAUCGUUCAAUCUUAUCACUAAAUGGAAGAGUUCAAUAAAAGGUUUGGAAUAUUUGAAUCACCUUGACCUUUCUGAAAAUUACUGCGACGAAGUUUCUCCCGGAUUCUUCGACAACUUUGAAAAUUUGCAACACCUCAAUAUCUCCGGAAAUUCUUUAGGCAAGUCGUUUGAUCCCGCCACGUGUAACUAUUCAAGUAAAAUAUUCAGGAAGCUAAAACACGUCACGAAAUUAGACUUGUCAAAUAACAAGAUUGCACGAUUUUCUCAUGAUGUUUUUGAGAAUCUUACGAAGUUACAAUAUUUGAAUUUGAGCUCAAAUUUACUAGAAGAGUGGAAUUUAACUUUAACCAAAAACAAUUCCUUGAGGCAGAUAGAUUUGUCUGUGAAUAAAUUAACCAGCCUUCCAACUGAAUUCACGAGUUAUCUUGAUACUCUUUGUCGAAACAAUUGUAGUGUUGUCCUCAUUUUAAGUUCAAAUCCGUUGCAGUGCAAGUGCGAAACAUUAGGGUUUCUACAAUGGGUGCUUUCUACAAAGCUAUAUAAAAAGCCUAAAAAUUUGGAGAUAAAGCUUCCUACAAAUGUAGAAUGUCUUUUGGGCUCUUAUAGGUACAAUCUUAACAAACAUUUACGACAAAUAACUGAACACUUGGAAAAAGAAGAAUGCCUCGAUAAGGGCUGGGUGUCAUUAACAAUCGGAAGUGUUGUCAGUGGUGUGCUUGCCUGCAUUUUAAGUGUCGCCAUCUGUCGGAUAGUCUACAAAAACCGAUGGAAGCUGAGAUACUUGUAUUACAGUAGAAACAGACGAUACAGACAUGCAGGAUUCGAACGCUUGUUUGAAAACGACGCAUUUGUUUCGUACGCAAAAAGUAAAGCAAGUUUGAUCAAGAAUUUGAUGGUUCCCUCGCUUGAGGGUCAACGGGGUCUUCGUCUCUGGGUAGCUGACCGCAAUUCAGUUCCAGGAACAUCGGUGGCAGAAAAUAUCACACAUGGUAUUUAUAACAGCCGGAAAUCGGUCCUUCUUAUUGACAAGGAUUAUCUCAAGGACAGUUGGUGUGAUUAUGAAAUGAAUAUGGCGCACGUGGAAGCUAUAGAAGCAAAGAGAAAGCUGAUCAUUCUUGUUCUUAUGGAGAAGAUUCCACUUGAAAAUCUACCCAUUAGUAUAAUGAGCUUCCUUCGAAGCGAAAGGUCCCUCGAAUAUCCAGAACACGAACAGGAUAUGGACACAUUUUGGACGAAUCUUGCCGACGAAAUAAUGUGUUGAUGAAACUUUAAUUUCGUAUUGAAGAUACUCACGCUUUGUACAUUGUCAUAAUGAUGCACUCUCACAAACAAUUUUGAACUUUUAUACAAUUUACGAAAAUGGUUGGAGUUAAGAGUGAGGUUAAGUGCACAAUAAACCAGAUUAAGGUACCUAAUGGUGUUUUUGCGAAUGACCGUUCCAAGGCGGUGCCCCACAGUGUUCCUUUAUUUGUUCGUUUUGUCCCCGAGUGUUUGCUUUGUUUGUGUGUGUGUGUGUGUGUGAGUUUGCGCGCGCGCGUGUGUGUGUGUGUGCACGUCCACGUGAUGUGAGUUUCGGAUUGGGGAGGUUGUGUUUUUGGACGUGGCUUCCUAAGUUUGAUAUUUAUCUUUGCUUUUUGUGUUGUAUAUACUUAUCUAAAUCGCAUAGUUCACGUUUGUGUAAGGACUUGAAAUUAAAAACACUAUCUUGUAAAAUUCA